AUGAAAUUGAAGGCACUCUCGUCAAACUUUAUCCCCCGCUUCGCACAGUUAUGUAAAAAGAACACCGCCCUUUAUGUAAGAAUCGCAAACAGACAGACCGCGCAGCUUUGGAACACCAAGGCAUUUAUAUCCUCGAAGGUAGUUGUAUCGAGGGAGGACGACUCUGUUUCGAUUAGGCCACUUAGCGGGAAUAACAAAAAUGUAACCUUUGGUAAUGAUUCUACACAGUUUGUGGGUGAGCAGUCACCCCAAGUGGAUUCACAAACGCACUACUCAGUCCUUGAGGAAACCUCCCCAUUGCGACCCGAUGGGGAGACGAAGAACCUAGACGAACAGGCCCUGAAUGAGUUGCACGACUUAAUAAGGUCGAUACAAAAACUGGACGAAAGGAAGAAACAACAGAUUGUAAAUUAUAUAAACACGUUAAAUAAAAAGUAUCUACAAAAUGUAGAAGGAGAUAUAGUGACUUUCUUUGAAAACCUGGACCAGUACAUGGCAGCCAAUGGUCUCCUCAUGUGUGAUCUUGGGGGCGAAGAAAUUCUCAGUCAUAUAGAGGGAGUGCAUAUCAAUUUUGGCAAUGACUGCACCGUGGGGUCAGGCACCGAGGGGUCAGGCACCGAGGGGUCAGGCAUCGAGGGGUCAGGCACCGACGUGAACAGCCUCUUCGAUGUGAAUUUUAUCAGAAAGGCGAAAAAGGAAUUGUACGGAGAGCACAUAUACCCCAUUAUCCAGGAUACAAGUGAAAAACGCUUUACGCGGAAGGGCCCUCCCGAGGAGGAUAUUGUGAGCGUGCGCAGGCAAAUGCUGAUAGAGCGGUCGUCUUAUCAGAAAGCCAUCGAGGAGGCGGAGGAGUUCGUUUCGAAUCUGCACGACUUGAAGAAGAUAACGGAAAUACGGGGGCUCUGUAAAAUAUACUUGAAUUGGGUUAACGAACUUGAAAGAAGAAUUGCAACGUACAGACAAAGGCAACGACAUCAAGGAGGAUCAUGUAGUAACGAUGAAGGUAAUACUGCUAGAAGGACCACGAGUGCAGCCUCCUUAAGUGAUAUUGGUCGGAGAGGGCUACCAGAACAAGUGGAGGAUAAACUGCUAGCCAUCAUUACCGUGAAAUGGACCAUUCAGUAUACAUUCAAUCCACACAAAAAAAAAUAUGCCAACAGUAUCAUCACGCAAUCGAAAAACUUCGAGCAGGGGUACGCAUACCAGUCACUCUUUACGCACAUCGCUAUUAAGAUCGGCCAAGAAAUCAACAACGAGAUGAAUUUCCAAGAACUAGAGAAGAACAAUCUGCUCUACCGCUACGUCAAGAGGAACAAAUCUAACGCAUCCUUUUCUCAUUUUCAGAAAUACAGAAUACUUUGCGACAUCAGGAAGAAGCUCCAAGGUGGGCGCCAAAGGGGUGAGGAAGUUAUCGCAGCGGAAGCUACUCCAACGGCUACUACAACAGACACUGUAGGAUCUGCCGAAGGAGGCUCCCCCGAGGUUAACCCCCAGGACGAUUUCUAUCUGGUCCAAUGGAAUUCGCAGAAGAAGGCCGCAGUUGGUGGGCUUCUCCUGAAAAUGCUUAUGGACUGCGCGAAGAUGGAUGUAGACCUGAGCAUCGCCAAGGAGGAACACCGGAAUGAGUACAGGUACUACCUCCUCCUCCAUAAGAUGGCCAAGGGAAACGGAGAAAAUCUACACGCCGAUUGUAAAUAUGAGAAAGAGCUGAAAUAUGAGAAGUACUAUGAGGAAGAGUCCAACUCCUUAGAUUUUGUCAUCCUGGAUCGAGGCAAGGGAAGGGGUGUCGAGGAGGCGGCCGAAAGGGGAAAAAAAAGAAGGAAGAAAGAAAGAAAAGAAAGGAAGAAUGAGAAGGAAGGAAUGAAAGAAAGGGAGAAAGGAAUGGGAAAUGAGAGAGAUAAUAAGGAUGGUAAAGGUGGUCAGAAGGAUGGUAAAGGUGGUCAGAAGGAUGGCGAAGGUGGUCACAAGGAUGGCGAAGGUGAUGGAGAGGAGACUCCGGGGAAAACCGCUCGAACGCGCGAAAACAACUUCUGCAAACGACAGAAGGAGAAGUUAAAGAACAAGCAGAUAAUUCUGUACCGAUCGAGGAGGGACCCCAACAAGAUAGAGCUCCCAGUUUUUAUCCACUCGUAUAUCUGGAAUAAUGGUAGUUGGUAUGGAGUCAUACACAUGCGGGAGUGUUGUGCGAAUUACCUUCUUAACAAUGCCAUAAACUCUCAUAUCCCUCUGAACCAUUUACCAAUGAUAAGCAAGCCGAAAAAGUGGACACACGCCGAAGGAGGAAUGAUCCUGUUGAAGAACAAUUUCAUCCGUUGCAAUGUCAAGCCUCUAUUCAACAUAGACGUGUGUAACCUCGAGCGUAUUAAAAACAUAGUGUCCCAAAUAGGAAAUGUUCGAUGGAAAAUAAAUGAAGAAAUUUUAAACUUGAUAGAAUAUGCAUACGCGCAGGGGAUUACCAUUGGAAACAUACCGCGUAAACAGAAUUACGAUCUCCCCAAUGGACCCUCGGAUAUGGGGAGGAAGGAUGUAGAAGAUAUUAAAAAGUAUUAUUUGUUAAAGGAGGAAAUUAGCAGACUGAAUAAAUGUUUAAUCAGUGAGCGACCCACAUUUUUACAAAAAAUAGCAGUGGCAAAGACAUUAAAAAACUGUGAGAUGAUUUAUUUCCCUCAUAAUAUUGAUUUCCGUGGAAGAAUGUAUCCUCUCUCUCCACACCUCCACCAUAUGAGCGAUGACAUUUGCCGAAGUUUGAUUACUUUCCAUGACAAAGAAGAAAUUGGCCCUAGGGGAUUGUUCUGGCUUAAAAUACACUUAUCCAACAACUUUGGGAAAGACAAACUGAAUUUCGAGGAAAGGAUCAAAUGGGUGGAUGAUAAUUUAGAUAAUAUAAAGAAGCUUAGUGAAAAUCCUUUUGAACAUUUGGAUUUUUGGAACAUGGCAGAGAAACCUUGGCAAGCUCUGUCCGUUUCGAUGGAUCUCACGAGAGCGUUGGAAUGUCCUGAUCCAUCCAAGUAUAGGAGUAACAUUCCAAUACAACAGGAUGGCACUUGCAAUGGGCUGCAGCAUUAUGCAGCCCUGGGAAGGGAUUACGAUGGGGGGAAGGCGGUAAACAUCAUUCCGUCGGAUGAACCGCAAGAUAUCUACACCGUUGUGUUGGAAAUUGUGAAGAGUAAAAUUAGCGCCGAUUUGGACGGAACGGCAACUCCUACCACCAUGGGGCCAACUAAUAGCACUAGCGGUAGCAUCAAUAGUAUCAACAGUGGUAAUGGUGGCAAUGCAGCUAUGUCUACCCCAGCUUGCCGAGGAGAACUGGCCAAGUACUGCUUCAAGUACGACCUGCUGAAAAGGAAAGUCGUAAAGCAAACCAUCAUGACCAUCUGUUAUGGAGUCACCUCAGUAGGAGCCAAGGAUCAAGUCAAAGGGAAAAUCCAAAACAUGAUUAGCAAGGUUCUCGACAAAAAUAUCAUUAACCAGUUGUCCCAAUAUAUAGCCAAUUAUAUCUUUGAGUCCAUCAGCGAAAUUUUCAAAAGAGCAAUGAUAAUAAAAAAAUGGUUUAAUAACUUGUCUAAAGUUACAAACGAACUGAACAUUCCCGUCACGUGGUUGUCUCCAAUUGGUCUUCCAUGUGAACAGCCAUACAGAUUAGGUCAAAGAAUUUUAGUGAACACUCCUCUCCAGUCAGUCAGUGUCAUCUCCUAUAAAAAUAGCUUGCUCCAUAAAAACAAACAGAGACUUGGAUUCCCUCCAAACUUUGUUCAUUCAUUGGACGCUUCUCACCUUAUGAUGACAGCCGAAAAAAUGAUCCUCGAAAAUAACUUCAGUUUUGCCGCUGUGCAUGAUUCCUACUGGGCUCACGCAUGCAACGUAGAUUUAAUGAACAAAUUUAUUAGAGAUUCUUUUGUCACCUUGUACAAUGAACCCAUAUUACAGAACCUUUACCAGAGCUACCAGAUGCGCUUGGGGAAAUAUGCAUCUAGAAUUCCAGCCCCCCCGGAACAGGGCCACCUAGACGUAUCCCUCGUUCGGAACAGUCGCUACUUUUUUAGUUGA